AUCCAGCGUAGGAUCGGUGAGAACGUGCAGAGAGCAUCCCUGAAAAUUGCCUCUGUCGUACAACCAGGAAGAAGGUGGGAUAUUAGCCCAAAGAAGCUAACAAGCCUAAACUUUCUGCGUACUUUCACCAAAAAUAAUGGGCAUUUCCCGGUGGAAGGUGGCAGCGGCGGCUUUCCUGGCAAUAGUGGGCUCUUUAUUACCUGUUGACGCGGACGAGCAUGAGCACACGUACACAGAUAAAGAGGAGGUAGUUUUAUGGAUGAACACAGUGGGACCUUACCACAAUCGACAGGAGACAUACAAGUAUUUCUCUUUGCCCUUUUGUGCGGGCUCCAAGAAGACCAUCAGUCAUUACCAUGAAACACUCGGAGAAGCUUUGCAAGGAGUGGAGCUGGAAUUCAGUGGCUUAGACAUUAAGUUCAAAGAGGAAGUCAUGCAGACAACAUACUGUGAAAUUGACCUGGACAAACCCAAACAGGAUGCCUUUGUUUAUGCCAUAAAGAAUCACUAUUGGUAUCAAAUGUACAUAGAUGACCUGCCUAUCUGGGGCAUUGUCGGCGAGGCAGAUGAAAAUGGAGAAGAGCACUACCUGUGGACAUACAAAAAACUGGAGAUCGGUUAUAACGGCAACAGAAUCGUCGAUGUAAAUCUGACGAGCGAAGGCAAAGUCAAACUCAUGUCCAACACCAGGAUUGCUAUGUCAUAUUCUGUUAAAUGGAAGAAGUCGGAUGUAAAGUUUGAGGACAGGUUUGACAAGUACCUCGAUCCAUCCUUCUUUCAGCACAGGAUUCACUGGUUCUCCAUCUUUAACUCCUUCAUGAUGGUCAUAUUCCUGGUGGGACUGGUGUCCAUGAUUCUGAUGAGAACCCUGAGAAAGGAUUAUGCUAGAUACAGCAAAGAGGAAGAGAUGGACGACAUGGACAGAGAUCUUGGUGAUGAAUACGGGUGGAAGCAGGUGCACGGAGAUGUGUUCAGGCCUUCGAGCCAUCCUUUGAUCUUCUCCUCACUCAUUGGCUCCGGCUGCCAGAUCUUCUCUGUCUCCUUCAUUGUCAUUGUUGUGGCGAUGGUGGAGGAUCUGUACACAGAGAGGGGCUCCAUGCUCAGCACAGCUAUUUUUGUUUAUGCUGCAACCUCUCCUGUCAACGGCUACUUCGGUGGAAGUUUGUAUGCAAAACAAGGAGGCAGAAGAUGGAUCAAGCAGAUGUUCAUCGGGGCCUUUAUGAUCCCAGCCAUGGUGUGCGGGACGGCCUUCUUCAUCAACUUCAUCGCCAUCUACUACCACGCCUCCAGAGCCAUCCCAUUUGGGACCAUGGUUGCUGUCUGCUGUAUCUGCUUCUUUGUCAUCCUGCCUCUGAACCUUGUGGGAACAAUUUUGGGAAGAAAUCUGUCCGGUCAGCCAAACUUCCCGUGCCGAGUGAACGCUGUGCCACGGCCGAUCCCCGAGAAGAAAUGGUUCAUGGAGCCAGCUGUCAUCGUGUGCCUCGGAGGGAUCCUGCCCUUUGGUUCCAUCUUCAUAGAAAUGUACUUCAUCUUCACAUCCUUUUGGGCCUACAAAAUCUACUACGUGUACGGCUUCAUGAUGCUGGUCCUGGUGAUCCUGUGCAUCGUCACGGUGUGUGUCACCAUUGUGUGCACAUACUUCCUGCUCAACGCUGAGGACUACAGAUGGCAGUGGACGAGCUUCCUCUCUGCUGCAUCUACUGCGGUUUAUGUUUACAUGUACUCCUUUUACUACUAUUUCUUCAAAACUAAGAUGUAUGGGUUAUUUCAAACAUCCUUCUACUUCGGCUACAUGGCCGUGUUCAGCACUGCUCUAGGAAUCAUGUGUGGUGCUGUUGGCUACAUGGGAACAAGUGCCUUUGUGAGGAAGAUCUACACAAAUGUGAAAAUCGACUAAGGAGCGUAGCAGCUGCGCAGGGAGUUGACAGAUUCACCCACGUGUUCUGAACGACGGCAGGCACAAGUCAUUCUUUAUUACUUUCCUUCUUGCAGAGAGAUUGUGGGAAUCUCUCUUUGUACAACAUAGUUUGUUUUGCUUUUUUUUUUCUCCAUUUUUCUGAAUGAAUUACAACACCGUGACUUUAAGAGGAAAUCUGUGGAGAUGUUAAACACAAGGUUUUAUUUCGAUAUCAGUUGCUUUCCUGAGGUUGGGGUGAAUGUUUAAAGCCGACCUCUCCUUCCCGACCCAGACCCACCUGAGACUACAUGAUGUACAUUGAUGGAGUAGUGUAGCUCUCUUCAGUGAAGAGGAAGCGUUCGGAAACCCUUGGUUCUGUUGGUGUCAGAAUAUUCAGGAGCUGGGUUCGUCAUCGUGUUCUGACUUAUUUCUACUUUGUACUCUUGGCAGUCAUCACUCGAAGUAAUGCCCCCCCCCCCCCUUUCGGCAGUUUAAUUCCCCGCUCCAGAAGCAGUCCAUCCAGUCGGUGAGAUUUUAGUUCUGCUGUCGGUCGGGUUCCUGUCCGGACGAGCAGAGACACUGAGCAGCAGCUGAGGUGCAGGAACAACUGAUUUCUUUUCAAUGGCUGUUUGAUGUGAUCCCAUUUCCAGGUUAAGUCUUGUUUUCUAAAUGUUUGGGAUGAAUGAAGUCUACUUGUAAAGAUAAUAUAUGGAUGGGGUGGCGUGUAUAUAACCUUAAUAAUGUACCUUUUAGAUGUAGAUCGCAAAUGUAUUUUCGUUGUACAGUUUUACUACAGGGUGUGUUUUUUUUUUUUUAAUUUGAUUUUUACUGAAUCCUUUAGUUAAAUUGAUUUUAGUUUGGUGCUUGGGGUGGGGCUGGUGGGCGCUGUUACAGCUUGCCUGAAGUUGCAUGAAGUUUUCACAUUAACCAUCUUUUUAUCCAAUUCUGCCUCCACUUCUUCUUCUCCCCCUUUUUAAUUCUUCCGUUUUCAAAAUAUGAAGCCACAUUUUACUCCACCUCAACUUUUUUUAGGGACACGUUUUUAUUUGGAUUUAAUUUUGUUCAAAAGCUUUAAAGAGGCUCCACAUCUUUCCAUAAGCUCGCGUUCUGUUUCCCGAACCUGAAACAUGGUUUAUCUGAAGGAACGAGGCCGUGCUUUGUUUCUGCAAACAUACUGUACAAAGUAAAGUUUAUGUACACCUAAAACUAGAUGUUUCCAUCACCACACUGUGCUGCAGAGUGUUUCUGAUGCCCCUCUCCCUCCAUGUUGUGUAAAUACAGUAUGUACCCUACUUGUAUGAGAAGUGGCAAAUGCCUUUUUUUUAUUUCCAGUUCUCUCCCGCUUCGGUUGAUUUUUGGCACUUCAUGUUGUGUACCAAUGUCAAACAUUUUGAACCUGCAUAUUAACAUGCUGUAAAAAGAAAAUAAACAUGUUUAUGUACAGGGUUA